CAUAGCAAGUGUUUGACUCCAGUUAAACAGAAUUAAAACUCAAAAUGGUCUUAUAAAUAAACCAAAAAUGCGUUAUUUUCUGCUAGGCUUCUUAAUUUUCAAGUUACAAACAACAGUGGCUCAAUAUCCAUCUCACACAGAUUUACAAAAAGUCGGUGAGGUUAUAUUUAACAAUGAAAAAUUUAACGUUUUGAAACCAACCGUACACGUGAUCACAGAUUAUUUCAAGGACUUCAUGUUAAGACGAGAAAACGACAAGUUUCCAACAAAAAGGGUAUUCAUAGACCACAAUGGAUUCAGACACGCUUGGUCAGGUUUUGGCAACAAAGUCCAAAGUUUACGAAAGACAGACUUGAAAAAUGUUGUUUUAAAUUCCCAAAAUUUCACGGAUAAUUUAAGUACUAAGAAAGCACCAAUUAAUGAUAAUACUACCGUAGUAGCUAAAACUACUACCGAAGUAGCUAAAACUACUACCGAAGUAGCUAAAACUACUACCAAAGUAGCUAAAACUACUACCGAAGCAGCUAAAACUACUACCGAAGUAGCUAAAACUACUACCAAAAUAGCUGGAUCUACUACCGAAGUAGCUAAAACUACUACCGAAGUAGCUAAAACUACUACCAAAAUAGCUGAAUCUACUACCGAAGUAGCUAAAACUACUACCAAAAUAGCUGAAUCUACUACCGAAGUAGCUGAAACUACUACCGCAGUAACUAAAACUACUACCGAAGUAGCUGAAACUACUACCGAAGUGGCAAGUACUAAGAUACCUGUGGCUACUACUGAAGCGGUUAAAGCGAAUACUGAAUCGACUGACAACACAACUGACGCUGAUACGCCAACAACUGAAGUAAUUGAAUCUGCAGUUAUAAAUAGUGACAAUAUAACUAGUAAAGAAACCCUCAAGGAGGUACAUGACGAAGACAAUACCACAGAAAGUGCUACUCAAGUACCGAAUAGUGCAGAAACUACAACAUUUAAGUUUUUAUUCAAAGCGUCGAUAGAAAAUAACAAUAACACCACAGUGACCAAAAAUCAGUCAGUACAAGUUAAGCCUCUCAAAGGUGAAAUUAAAGAAAGGACCGUAGCUAAGACAACUUUCUUUUGUCCUUUCUUGGGCAUUAUAUCUAUGUCUGCAUUUAUCGACUGAGAAAAUCAUUGAUUAAUGAUCUUGAGAAUUAUUUUUAUAAUAAAGAUUUUAGUAGUAUACAUAAUAUUAACACUUAUGAAUGUAAGUAUAUCUUAAGUAUAGGAUACCCCAGCCCAGGUAACCCAAUUUUAUUAAGGAAAUAAUAAUGGUUUCGAAAAAGAAAUUGUUCUCCAGCGAUCUGUGGCCAACUAUAAAAAUGGAUCUUAGAAAACUGAACUUCCGAAUAGAAUAUUGAACCUCCGACAAAAUUACAAUAGAAGCUUAAGGUUAGGUUGGACAAAGCAUAGUUUUCAUCAUGUUUGUUCAUUACUUAAGAACAUUCUUAGUUUUCGCGCUGCAUUUUAAUGACUGACAAUAUUUACCUGGUGCCCAGAGGAACCUGUGAAUUUGUCAUAAUAUAUGCACUGCAACACUACCUCGACGUAAUGCCAUUAAGUCAAAUAGUAAUAGUGCAUUAAUGCCUCGUUUACCAUUAGGUAGACCCAUCCUU